ACAUAUAAUAUACAUCCUAUAUAUCUACACACAAAUAAUCAAUAACUGUAGCUUCUCUAGCAGUUCAGAUGGCAGCGCAGCAUAGCAUGGUAACACGCGUUGAACCCGAAAUGAAGCCAAAAUAAAGGAAUUAGAAAGCUCGCGUUAAUAAUGCGUGAUUCUGCAGAUACAAGUGAACAUAAUUUAUCGCAUUAAAAAUGUGGGCAAAAUAUUUAAAAUGCAAUAAUGAGCUAGUAAUAAGAAUAAUCGUUUAUUUUCAUGGUAAUAACAUUGGAGAAGUGUAUUAUGAACGUGCAGCUUCAAAUAAUACGUGUAUAUAUUAAUUACAAUAUUUUGAGCCAAAAAGGUUCUCUCUCUAUAAUAAAUAAAAAUUAAAGAAAGAGAAAAAAUGGAGCAACAAAAUGAUUGUUCUAUUCAAAGGGGACAAGGACUGCGUCGCUAUCCAAAUGACUACAAGGCGGAAGGACACUCGUCCACUUUAACUAAAACAAUGAAUCAGCCACAGUAUUCGAAUACAGGAAGACCUACAGUACGCAUAGCCGUUUAUUUAAUGACAGGGGUAUUUCUAACGAUGGAAGUUGAACAAAACGCAACUUCACAGCAAAUUUUAUCGAUAGUGCAGUCAGAAGCAGAGCUGGGUAUAUCGAGGUUUUCUUUAGCAACCACUACGCCAGUUUUUGCAUUGUGGAUGUGUUCCUCCCAACUGGAAGUUCAAUUGCGUCCGACACACAAACCUGUGGAAUUGGCUGCGAAAUGGAAUUACCUUGUGAACAAGUACAGCUCUUAUACAGAAGAUUCCGACGACGAGGAACCUCUGCUACAUUUUCGUAGAAAUAUAUUUCUCUCUAGAUCAGAGGAGGAACAGAUCAAAGAUACUAAAGUCCUUGAAUUGCUUUAUGCAGAAGCCAGAUUCAACGUUCUGCAAGGACGGUAUGCGUGCGACGGUCCUGCACGUUACGCCAGUUUAGGAGCGUUACAGGCCCGAAUCGAGCUUGGACCUUAUAACGCGCAAACCCACACUUUGGCGUUUUUCCACAGACAUCGCGGCCGAUUUUUACCGCAUCAUUACGCUUCUCCCAGUCUUCUACUAGGAUUGGGACUCGGAUUGGGAUUGGUGGGUGGUAAAGGAGCACCCGAGGCGCACCUUCUGGAACAAUAUAAGCGAAUACCCAGUCACAAUGGUAGCGCCAACUCAAAUCCAAAGAAAUUGAUCAGAAAGUAUCUCGAGUUCUGUUGGAACUUACCAUGCUAUGGUGCGGCCUUCUUUCAAGGGCAAAUCGAGCGACCCGUCAGAGGACUCGCAUCAUGGAUCACUAAUCGCGAUAUGCAGGUCCUUAUCGCGAUUAAUACGUCGGGGGUGUACAUAGUCGACGACAUGCAGUGCAGCUUGCUAUUAGGGCUAAAAUACUCGGAAUUAAGUUGGGAAAUGGCGAAACCCUCGGAUGAAAAUAAUCCGGACUGUCUACCUUGCUUGUUCCUGCAAUUUCCAGUACGGGAAAACGGAGCGCGUGUCUACAAGAUUCUGCAAGUAUUCUCAAGACAAGCGCCAAUGAUGGAUACUUUAAUAUCCGGCUUUGCGGAGGACUAUCGCCGUCAAUUUAUUAACAGUGAUAGCAGCAACGACCAGUUGGAUCAUUCGUUAAUUUUUCCCAGUGGAAGCUUUACAAAUAAACUUAGUAAAUUCACUCUAGCUACUUUUGACGAUGAAGGUCGAUGUAUCGGCCAAAUGGGUUCAUGGUCCUUUCGAUAAAUAUAUUGUGAUUGUACAUUUUGUGAUGCCAAUAUACUCCCUGAUGAUACAAAAGAAUGCAAUUUUUGUAAUGUAAGAAGUUCUUCUCACGCACGAGCUAAUAUACUUAUAUAUAUAUACAUUUUUUAUAAUCAAUAUUUCUGAAGUAUUUGAAGAUGCGAAUUUUGUUGUAAACGAUUCAGCAAUGUCCUGUAUCUCUGCGGAACUACAUCUCUGUGCCGAUUGAGAUAUGUUUCUAACACAUGCAUAUUGAAGCUUGUUUCAUUUAUCUUGGUCAUCAUUUGUUCCUCCUCUGCUUUCGAUAACUCAACAGACUGUAAAUAUUAUUUAUGCAUGUAAAUAAUUUGUAAUAAUUAUUAUGAAAAUACAAAUAAUAUAGAAAAAAAUGUUGGAUAUAAACAAAUGUACAGAAGUUUCUGACGAACCUGCGUUAGAAGAGCUUGCAUCUUUUCUAAUUCUACAGUCUGUUUUUCGAUCAUACGUAAAAUACGAUUCGCUUUGUCAAUGGACCCUUGCUUGAAGUCGCUCAAACAGUCGUCGCGCAACAGAUACGCUUCAGUUUUACUGAUGUGUGUUGGAUUGCCUAUUCGCGCCAAGUACGGUCCCAGGUCGUUCAUCUCUUGUAUAAUUUCACGUCGGCUCAAUUUUGCUUUCUGAAAACAGAAUAGGGCUGAUGAAUAAAAAAAAGGAAGGCCGUGAUAUCCGCUUCAGCGUCUCUGAUGAUAAGUGUAGACUGGUCUUCAUCUUUCAAAUGUUUAUCAAGUGCAUAAAAGAGAUCAAGAUUUUUUUCCGACGGUGCAGUUGGAUCUGGCUACAAGAAAUGAAGAUUUUUAAUUACAUUGCCAUCGCUAAUAUUUUUGCUAUGAAAAAAAUUACGUUAUAUCCGUGGGUCAUCGUAAGAUCGAAGACUAAACGAUCUCCCCUAUCUCCUAUUGGCGGUUUUAUGAAUGUACGAGUAGCCUGAGUACUCCGGCCUUGAUCGUAAUGAAAUUUAAUGCAGAUCUCGUUUUCGAUCAUAGCAAACUCGCGAACAGCUAUAUCCUUGUAAGCCGGAAUUUCUUUGUUUCUAUGAUAUUUCUCAAUAAUUUUCUGCAAGAUGUAAAAAGAGUUAACUGUAUCGUGUUAACGCUAUAGAUUUAAUUGAUUUUUGUACGAGAAGCAUUUACCAAAAUACGUCGAGAACAGGUACCAUCUGCUGCGGUAAUGUCUUGAUCUGUCGAAAAUUCAGCGUGUCUUAAAAUAACAAAUUAUAAAAUAAUUAUAAUAAAAGUAUUAUUAAUA